AUGACCUUCAUUCGACAUGUUUCAAUUCUUUGCUUCAUAGAGGCAUCUUAUGGUAACGUGCACGAUACAGAGGCUCAUAUCAACGGCCUCAUAAAUGCCGUCCACCUCCUCAGCCCCCUCGAUGACGACUUUGGUCAUCAGUCGGAACUCGAAGAAGAGCUUGCUAAUCGUUAUCUCUUACUCACAUACUAUGCCUACCAGGGCUUCAAGGCCAGGAUAUUAGGGAGCGAUUCUUUGCAGAACCUUUUCCGACAGAACAACACAGCCGAGUUCUCCACCUUCGUAUCACAGAUUUACCUCUGGAAGACUCAGAAUAUCGGUCAUCUCGAAAUGCGUCUCAACGCCAUGAAACUAUUGCCAUUCUUCUUCGCAGCUCUUCCCUCAUCAACUCAGUUCCAUAACAUCGACGCCUCACCUCUCAUAGAUUGUCUGAAGCAUGUCACCACUGCAACACAGACAGUCAGAGAAGACCGUUACAAAUGCGACCCAAGUUGGGAAUGGAUCGAGGGAUCAGAUUCUCGACUUCUCUGCGCUACCAUCGGCUCCCAUUUCUCAUCUCUGUUUCACGACGACAUGUUUUCAGCAGCACAAUCCUCGAAGUAUAGCACCUCUUGGUCUGGUAUGUGCGCUGCAUCAAGCUUGUAUAUGCACAGCGUCCUGGAACUAUGGAAUGGUGGCGAGGCUAUCGACGCUCGUUUCUAUGUAUCUUGA